AUGGCUGCCGGCGCACGGCUGUGGGCGCUCCUGGCACUCCUGGCACGGCUGGCACAGCUGGCACAGCUGGCACGACGGGCGGCGGGCAUGGGCGCUUGUUACGACGACUCGGGGAGGCCUCAGCGCUGCCUCCCCGAGUUCGAGAACGCUGCGUUCGGGCGGCCGGUCCUGGCCUCGCAUACCUGCGGGUCGCCCCCCGAAGACUUCUGCCCGCACCUGGGCACAGCGCAGGGCACCGGGGCGCAGUGUGCCCGCUGCGACGCCUCGGACCCGCGGCUCCAUCACAACGCGUCCUACCUCACCGACUUCCACAGCCAAGAGGAGAGCACCUGGUGGCAGAGCCCAUCCAUGGCCUUCGGGGUGCAGUACCCCAACUCCGUCAACCUCACCCUGCGCCUGGGGAAAGCCUACGAGAUCACCUACGUGCGGCUGAAGUUCCAUACCAGCAGGCCCGAGAGCUUCGCCAUCUACAAGCGCAGCUGGGAGGGUGGCCCGUGGGAGCCAUACCAGUACUACAGUGCCUCAUGCCAGCGCACUUACGGCAAAGCCGAGAGCCACCUCCUACAUCCCGGUGAGGAGGAGCGUGUGGCCUUCUGCACAUCUGAGUUCAGCGACAUCUCUCCUCUGAGUGGUGGCAAUGUGGCCUUCUCCACUCUGGAGGGCCGGCCCAGCGCCUACAACUUUGAGGACAGCCUGGCGCUGCAGGAGUGGGUCACCAGCACAGAGAUUCUCAUCUCCCUGGACCGGCUCAACACAUUUGGGGACGACAUCUUCAAGGACCCACGGGUGCUCCAGUCCUAUUACUAUGCUGUGACUGACUUCUCUGUGGGCGGCAGGUGCAAAUGUAAUGGCCACGCCAACAAGUGCGGCCCCAACGCAGCAGGCCAGAUGGUGUGUCACUGCCAGCAUAACACCACGGGCCCUGACUGUGAGCGCUGUGCACCCCUCUUCCAGGACAGGCCCUGGGCCCGAGGCACCUCGGCUGAUGCCCAUGAGUGUCUGCCCUGCAACUGCAAUGGCCAUGCCGAGGCCUGCACCUUCGACCAGGAGCUCUUCCGGAGCACUGGGCAUGGGGGCCUGUGCCUGAACUGCCGCGAUCACACGGCUGGGCAGCACUGUGAGCGCUGCCAGGAGAACUUCUACCGCUGGAAUGAGAAGGCCCAGUGCCAGCCUUGUGACUGCCACUCAGCAGGUUCCCUGCACCUCCAGUGUGACAGUACUGGAACCUGCACCUGUAAGAAUACAGUCACUGGCUGGAAAUGCGACCGCUGCUUGCCAGGCUUCCACUCGCUUAGCGAGGGUGGCUGCCGAGCCUGCCGCUGCUGUCCUGCAGGCAGUCUGGGCACCUGUGAGCCCCACAGUGGACGCUGUUCCUGCAAGGAGAAUGUGGAAGGUGCUCAUUGUGACAGAUGUCGCCCCGGGACCUUCAACCUGCAGCCACACAAUCCUGUUGGCUGUAGUAGCUGCUUCUGCUACGGUCACUCCCGGGUGUGCUCAAGUGCCACCGGAUACCGGGUAUACUACAUUGUCACUGACUUUCUUCAGGGAGUCCAGGGCUGGCGCUCCAAAAGCUGGGAUGGCCCAGAGCGUCCAGCACAGUGGAGUCCAGCAGGGCUGCGCUUGAACCCCAUGGAGGAGGAAGAGAUCGUGGCACCAGAGAAGUUCCUGGGAGACCAGCGAUUCAGCUACGGGCAGCUCCUCACCUUGACCUUCCAGGUACCCCCCAAAGUCUCCCUGCUGCCGGUGCAGCUGAGGCUGGAGGGGGCAGGCUUGGCCCUGACUCUGGGUCACUCCAACAUCUCCGGAGCCCCCAGGGCUGGACACCGAGGAGAGGUGGAACUCAGCUUCCUACUGCAGGAGACAUCUGAGGAUGCGAGCCCCCUGCUGCCUGCCUUCCACUUCCAGCGGCUUCUCACCAACCUGACAGCUCUCCACAUCCAAGCCAAUCUCUCUGUUGCAGGUCAAGUCUUUCUGCAGAAGAUCCAGCUCCAGUCUGCCCAGCGGGGACACUCCCCACCUGCCUCCUGGGUGGAAACUUGUUCAUGUCUUCCAGGGUACACAGGCCAGUUCUGUGAGGCCUGUGCCCCUGGAUACAAGCGAGAGUCCCCACUGGGGGGCCCCUAUGCCAACUGCGUGCCCUGCGCCUGUAACCAGCAUGGCACUUGUGAUCCGCACACUGGGAUCUGCAAAUGCGAGCACCACACGGAGGGUCUGUCUUGUGAGCGCUGCCUGUCAGGCUUCUAUGGCGACCCCUUCAGAGGCCAGGCCAACGACUGCCAGCCCUGCCCGUGCCCUGGGCAGUCGGCCUGCACACUUAUCAAGGAGAGCGGCGAAGUGGUGUGUACCCAGUGUCCUGCGGGCCAGAGAGGGCGGCGCUGUGAGAUCUGCGAUGACGGCUUUUUUGGGGACCCACUGGGGCUGUCUGGGCCCCCACAACCCUGCCAGCAGUGUCAGUGCAGUGGGAAUGUGGACCCGAACGCAGUGGGCAACUGUGACCCCCAGUCCGGCCGCUGCCUGCGCUGCCUGCACAACACAACUGGGGAGCACUGUGAGCGCUGUCAGGAUGGGUUCUAUGGCAAUGCGCUGGCCCCCCAUCCCGUGGACAAGUGCAGAGCCUGCAGAUGCCAUCCUGGGGGCUCCAUCGGCACUGGCGAGGACAAACCAUGUGACGUGAUAACUGGCCAGUGUACCUGCCUUCCUCACAUCACUGGGCGGGACUGUAGUCACUGUGAACCUGGCUUCUAUGGGCUCCAGAAUGGGAGUAGCUGCCAGAGAUGCCAGUGCCACCCUCUGGGCUCCCGAAGUAAUUACUGUAACCCUCAGACGGGCCACUGCCCAUGCCGCCCAGGGGUGGGAGGUCAUCUCUGCGACAGGUGUCAGCCUGGUUUCUUUGGCUUCUCCAUCAAGGGCUGCCGGGACUGCAGGUGCUCCCCACUGGGCUCUGUCUCAGCUCAGUGUCUGGAGAACAGCACCUGCUUGUGCCGCCCUGGCUUCGUGGGCUACAAGUGCGACCGCUGCCAGGACAACUUCUUCCCCACGAAGGGUGGCACCCACUGCCAGCAGUGCCCGACCUGCUACAAGCUGGUGAAGAAGGAGGCGGACAAGUUGAGGGCCAUGCUGGCCCAGAUGGAGAGUUGGUUCUACAUAUCCAGCUGCAGCAGGCCCUGGGCACCCCUGGACAUUCUGUACCAAGAUGAAGCGCUAGGUGACAUCUUCCAUGGUCACCCUCUGCUCCAAGGUGCCCAGGAGGCCCUUAUAGAACAGGUGGCCAGCUUGGAAGCCUCAGUGGUGGCCAUGAGACAAAGGCUGCCAGGGCUGAGUGAAGCCACCAGCUGUGUCCAGGAGGGACCCCGGAAGGCCUGCACCCAACUGAGAGAGCUGGAGGCCACGCUGGUAUCCACAGAAGAAGAGAUUCUCCAUGCUGCCUCUGUCCUCAAAACUCUGUACAUUCCUCUGGAAGCUCAAAUGCCCAUGCAGUUCAGCAACUGGAGCCAGCUGGCCAUGGAUGCUAGUGCCCUGGGCAGGAGCCAUAGGAAAAUCUCCAUCAAGAUAGAGAACACGGGUAAGCGGGCCCUGCUCGCUGCUCACACCAGUUACGAGCUUCUUCAGGAGCUUCUGGAGGGAAAAGCAGCUCAAAGGAUCCGGCAGGAGCUGGAGGAUAGGUACCAGGAAAUCCAGGUGACCCAGAAGGCAGUGGAUGCGGCCAUGGCCAAGGCACUACCCAAAGCUCAGCGUGUGCUGGCCACUGUGCAGCAAAUGGACUCAAGCACAGCCCUGCACCCGGACUUGCUCCCUACCCCCAAAGCAGUGGAUGAAAAUUUUGGGAUCAAGGAUCUGGAAUUGAAGACACAGGCCCUGAAGGAGAUGGUGGCAUCAAAAGAAUACACAGUCUCCAACAGGGUCCAAGAAAUCCAGGCUGCACUCAACUAUACAGAACCUCACAGGCAGUUGUACCAGGAGGCUAGAGUUGUCCUCACCCGGGCAAACAUGACUGUUCAGGCUGCCACGGUGACCAUGAUGGGUGCUAAGACCCUGAAGGCUGAUCUGGAAGGGAUAAAGCUGCAGUUUCCCAAGCCCCAGGACCUGGAGGUGCUGAGCAGGCAGGCAGACAGCAUCCGGGAUGGGGUCCUUGCAGACUCAAAGAAGAAAGUUCAGAUGGCAGAGAGGAUGCUGGGAAAGGCGAUGUCUGUCUCCUCUGCUGCUGAGAAGAAGGGCAGGGAAGCCAAACUGCUGGCCACAGACAGUGCCCGGCUUGCCAAGAAUGCUCUAAGGAAGGGCAAGCAAGCAUUACGCCAUGCGAGCCGGCUCUCCAGCCAGACGAAGGUGGUGCUCCGGCAGGCCAGCCGACAGACACUCAACAUGGAGAUGCGCAAACAAGAACUAGAGGAAGUCGGGCGGAUGGGCUUAGACCUGAGAGAGAUGGAGACACAGGUCAGGACAGAACGUAUCUCCCUGGAGGAUGACAUCAAGACUUUGGCAGAGUUGCUGACCAAGCUGGGGUCUCUGGACGCCCACCCAGCGGCCCUGAACCAAACCCAGGAGGCCCUGGAGCGAUUGCAGGGGCAGCUAAGCCCACCAGGGGCGCUGCAGGGGAAGCUGUCACGCCUGGAGCAGGAGUCAAAGCUGCAGGAGCUGCAGAGGCAACAGCUGGAGAGCGAUUUGGCCCAGGUGCGAGCCGACAAGCAGAACCUGGAGACCAUCCUGCUCAGCCUGCCGAGGGGCUGUGAGGGGCUUCGAUGAGGGACCCAGUUUGUGGAGGGACCCUCUCCC